AUGGAGUAUCUUUCAGAUUCAGGAUCAGCGUCACCGUCGCCGUCGACCUUCUCGUUGUCGGCGUCUGGCUCCGUCGAGGCGAUUAGUACCCCAGAUACCCAGAGGUCACUCAUUUUCGACGACGAUGUGGCUGCAGAUCCUCUUGACAUCGCGGCCGGGAAUUCUCGAUUUAUCAUGGUUGUCGGCGGACUCGGUUACAUCGGCUCUCACACCGUUCUAGAGCUGCUCAAGGAGAAUUACAACGUUCUCGUUGUCGACGACUUGAGCAACUCGUACGAGAGUGUUCUUCAUCGCAUUAAAGCACUGGCCACCGAGCAUUUCGCAGCGCAAGAUAGGCCCAUGCCCGCUCUCCACUUCCGACAACUCGACUACCGUAGCCCGUGUAUGAGAUCAAUCCUCGCCAGUUACUCAUCCUACUCGAUCCGCAGCAAAGCAGGAGCUUCAACUCCAGCGGGAGAUCUCAUGGGUGUGCUCCCUAGAGGGUUCCCGUUUUCGGCUCUUCACCGAACCGAUUCGGGUAUUGAUAUGGGCACUGAAGAUGCGCAGGAAACCAUACUCAGACGGGAAUCUAGGAUAUCGGGUGUCAUCCAUUUCGCGGCGUAUAAGUCCGUAGAGGAGAGCAUUCGAAUGCCCUUGAAGUAUUACAGCAACAACGUCUGCGGGAUGGUAGACUUCCUUAGUCUGCUCGAAGAAUUUGGAAUCAAGAACUUCGUCUUCUCAUCGUCGGCGACUGUCUACGGAGAGGGUGCAAAUUGCGGCGUUCCUCUGCGUGAAGAGCUCUGCGUUCACCACCACGAAACCUUUCAUGAUGACGAUGGCUUUGAGCACCAGGUAGUCCCGGGCGUUAUGGGGCUUACCUCACCAUAUGGACGAUCCAAAUACAUGUGCGAAUCUAUCCUCGCUGACAUUGCACGGUCGGACCCGUCGUGGUCCAUCACUGCGUUACGAUAUUUCAAUCCCGUUGGAUGCCACGAGUCCGGAAUGCUUGGCGAAGAUCCUCGGCAGAAACCGAGCAACCUAAUUCCAGUUAUUGCCACAGUGCUCACAGGCAUUAAGCCAGUCCUGGACAUUUUCGGUACGGAUUGGAGCACUCCAGAUGGAACGGCCGUCCGGGAUUUCAUCCAUGUGGUUGAUCUUGCUCGAGGGCAUAUCGCUGCUCUAGCAGCAUCCGCCGCAGGCAAAGUCAAAGUCCCAUUCCGAGCGUACAAUCUCGGAACUGGAAGAGGACACACCGUUCGCGAAGUUCUUCAGAGUUUAGAAGAGACAUCAAACCGGAAAAUUCCCGUCCGGGAGGCCGGCCGACGAGCUGGCGAUGUUGGUUUCUGUGUCGCUGAAGUCCGGCGAGCCGAAACCGAGCUAGAGUGGCGAGCCCAGAAGACUCUCAGAGACUGCUCCGUAGACGUGUGGAAUUUCACAAAAGGCCGGUGUGAACCGCAGAUUUCCGACGACAUGAUCUGCUAG